AUGACCACUGAAUUCUUGAGAGUGGACAAGUUUCAUGAGGAAGUGAGUGCCAAGAAGAUGGAGAUGCAGCCGGAGCUAUCGCUCGGUCCAACGUGGCCGGCGCUGGGCUUUGCCUCCGAGAAGAGCACCAAGAGCUCGUCGUCCGAGUCGGACGGCAGCUCCCGGAAGAAGAGGAAGCACUACACCUGGGAGGAGCCCGUGUCGCACCUGGAGCUCCAUCUCAGUGAUCCACUGCCCCUGGACUGGGACCAGUGCCUUGACCUCCAAUCUGGAAGGAUGUAUUACCUGAACAAGAAGACGUUGAAGAGGAGCUGGAACAGACCCAAGGAGCAGGGCGUGAACCUGGAGCUCAACAUGUCCACCACACCGAUGAACGUCGUCGUUUUGGACGGCAACACCGGCGCCGCUGCUGCCACCCUCUCACAAGCUGGAACAAAGAGAGGCACCGUGGUCAGCUCCGGAGAAAACAUGAUCGCCGUGCCAUGCGCCAACUGCCAUCUCCUAGUCAUGCUCUGCAAGUCCUCCCCUUCCUGCCCCAACUGCAAGUUCGUGCAGUCGUUGGCACCGGCUGCGCCACAGGUGGCUAAUCGCAGGCUCGACGCCACCGUGAAGCCACUGCAGACCCUGAGCCUUCUCCACUAG